AUGAGGCAGGCAAGCAGACUCAACCACUUCCACCUCAGUUGUCUUCAUCGUAUACUGAAACUGAGGUGGCAGGAUCGGAUCCUAGACACGGACGUACUGGAGCGGAAGGGAAUACUCAGCAUCUACGAUAUGCUGAGACAACUACAAAUACGCUGGAGCGGCCACCGCAUGCGGAUGGACGACGAGAGGCUACCCAAACGAAUCUCUUAUGGAGAUGGCGCGAUGGGUUCACGCCGACAAGGAGGUCAAGUCCGGCACUACAAGUGUGCUCUGAAAACCUCCCUGAAGUACCUGCAUAUCAACGGGGCAAACUGGAAAGACCUCUCCCGGGACCGACCUACGUGGGAAGACACAAUGAAGACGGGCGCAGCAAUCUUCGCAAAGUUCAACUGCCGAAGCCACUGCCGCCGCCUCACAACGCCAACGCUCAACCGCCUCCGACGUGUCUGCGAUGUUAACGGACAUUCCUGGCGCCAAUUGGACUUGCUGGACACCUCCGGACCAACCGCAGCGCCCGGACUGCACCAAACGUCGUCUAGCCAUCCACCUCUCCCUCGAUACCCACGCCGUCAACUAACGUUGACCUUCCUCCUGAACAACCACUGCCAUCUCCUCCUCAUUCUCCUCCAUCAGAACCACUGCCUCAACGUUUACCGCUGUGGCCUCUGA